AUGGAUGAACAGAGAUAUCUCUACGUCUCUGACACCGAAAAACAUGAAAGUGUAGCUGGAGGAAAUGGCUCAGGUGAUGGUCUCAACCAACUCAACCGACCGAAAUAUCUCUUUAUUGAUCGACAACAGAAUGUCUACGUCUCAGACCGCAACAAUCAACGUGUAAUGAAAUGGAAUAAAGGUACAAAAGAAGGUCGUGUGCUCGCUGUAGGUCAAGGCGAAGGGACUACUCUGACACAAUUGUAUUAUGCUUAUGGAAUCUUCGUUGAUAUGUUGGGUACAUUCUAUGCAGCAGACUCGUUAAAUCAUCGUCUACUACAUUGGACUCAAGGACACAAGGAGCAAGGCAAUUUAAUUGUGGGUGGAAAUGGUCGAGGAACAGGAGCAAAUCAGUUCAACUGCCUCCGUGAUUUGUCUUUCGAUCUUCAUGGUAAUCUCUAUGUUGUUGAUGAAAAUAAUCACCGUGUUCAACAAUUUCCUAUCAAAUAG